AUGCCUCAACAAACCGAUAUCACCAAACAAAAUAUUGAUUCUGGAAAAUAUCAUACGUUCGUUUAUAAUUGGAUCAUUAAAGAUUUUCAAGAAAUUUACAAACACAUGAGUUUUGAAAAUAAUUGUCAUUUAAGUGAAAAGUUUUUUUCUCCUGAAAAAAUCGGAAGUAAAAAUUCUGGAUCUCAGGAUCACUCUUGGAGAUUAUCCCUUUAUCCUAAUGGUGAUAAUGAACCUGGAUAUAUGUCGUUAUAUCUUUGUUAUUUUAAAACUGAUCAUGAUAGUCGAAAUGGUGAAAUGAGAAAAGCUACUUUUACUUUUGAACUAUUUCGUAUUAACAAAAAUGACAACUCUAAAAAUUCUUCAAAUGGAAUCGCGCGACAUCUUCAUCCACUACCUUCAAAAUGUGAUAUUCGUUCUGAAAUAUUUGAUCCUGAUGGUUACGAAAUAGGUGAACGUAAAUUUUGCUCUAUUAAUCAUGUUUUUCUAAAUUCAAAUAGAAGUUUAAAAACAGAUUUAUUGGUUCGUUUAAUUCUUAUUGGUGAUCGUAAAGAUUUUGAUACUUUAGAGAUUCCUUCUUUAGAGCAAUAUUUUGAUAAUGAAAAUUUUAGUGACAUAACUUUUAGUUUUAAUUGUGGUUCUCAAGUAAGAGCUUCUCGUCUUAUUUUGGCUUCUAGAUCUUCUUAUUUUUACAAAGUAUUUAGUGGUGAUUGGAAAGAAUCAAAAUCUUCUAUCAUUCAAAUUUCUGGUGCAAAUUACGAAAGCUUUCGUGCUAUGAUAUAUUUCCUUUAUACUGCUAAACUUGAUGAAGAUCUCAACUUUAAUAUCUUGAAGCAUCUUUAUUUAGAAGCUGAUAUGCGUGAUAUUACUCAACUCAGAAAUAUCGUCGAAUCUCGUUUAUCCAAGACCAUUAAUAUCGAUAAUUGGCAUUUAGUUUUAAUUUUGGGUUGGGAAACUAGAAAUAAUACUUUAUCUCGUGCUUCUUUACAAUAUGUACAUAAUAAUUGGGUUGAUAUUGAGGACUCUGAGAAUUUGAAAAUUUUGAUGAGAUGUGGUAAUAUAAAAUGGUUAGAAGAAUUGAUAUUGGCUAAAUGCUUUGGUGUUUAA